AUGUGCUUCAAUCAGAGCUCUUCCUCCACUCCGCAUCACGAGGCUGAUGUGGACAUGGAAAAUCCUGACUUUACCACAAGUCUUGGUGAAGAUAUGCAAGGCUACGCAGACGACGAGGGAUGUGCGCGUGAGGCUGAGGCCAUCAACCGCCAACCUUGGGUCGACCAAGAGGUUCUACUUGAGACAAUGCACCUUUUCAGCAUCAAUGUCAAAAUCUCUGUACAACGUGUCAGAGCCCUUUUUGACGAGAUCCUCAGACGAGAUGCAGACAGACAGCCUCUUAUCGUGGCAGUGCAAGAUCUUGCCCGGAAACAGGACUUCACACGAUUGCCUGGUUACAACUUCUGGGAUCCCGACUUGGGACUCAUUACUGAGGAUGACUAUGAGACUUCUACCAGAGAAGCCUCUCAAAUCAAGAGCAUCGAACUUGCACGCCAUGCUAUCUGUGCAGCCUCCUCUUCCCUCGACAAGGUCUCCGAUGCCAUGCAAGACCUCAUGGAUGCCCCAGCCGAGAUUGAAGAAGCCCUCUUCGAUAUCGUUCAAUCCCUCUCUGCCGCCCGCGAUGCCCUUGCUAUAGAUCAUGAUACUUUCGACAAGGCUCAGGAAACCCUUUCUGUCGCCAUGAAAAGUGUCCAAGAUGCUCAGGAGCUCAUUCCCAAGGCCCAGGAUGCUGUUCCCCAGAUCCAGGGUAUCUUAUUCACCGCCCUGGAUGAGCUUUCGGGUCCUCUCCGUGUUCUUUCGGGCGUCCAAAAGGGCUUCUCCUAUGAGAAUGAUCAGCAGCGUGAUUCUCGGGUUCGAAUUCGCGGCGUGGGCUUCUACGUUCAUUCUUCCCUUCGAACUUAUCAGUGGAGAGUUCGGUCGUAUCCUGGUGAUAAUGAGGACAUCUUCGCCACUCUUGAGCUGAAGACCUCAUCGGGGCUCCUUGCCAUUCAUAACGUCUACAACCACAACAAUCGACUGGACGUCCCGGCACUGCUUCAGUAUCUGUCAUCUUACAAGAACAAGAAGUGCGACGGGGUCUUACUUGGCGACUUCAACUAUCACCACGGGUCUUGGAGCAUCAAGGUAAAUGGCGCCGUUACUCAGAGAAUUACGCCCGAGUCCAGGAUGUUUGCCGCUGGUGUUAAAGGACUUGGCUUCGCAUUACAAACGACACCUGAGGAAAUCACGUUCUCAAAGUCUCAGGACACUGAUCAACAAAAGUCUACGAUCGAUCUGACGUUUGCGAGCCGAAAGCUCGUUCUAUCGGUACUCUCUUGCAAGGCUUUGCAGGUUCCUGGAUUCGUGAGCGAUCACCGGGUCAUCGAAACUGUUCUCCGACGACGGGUCAGCACUCACAUCAGAGUCGUUCCUCAAUGGCAAGAAGUUGAUCCCAAAGUCUUUCAGACGAGUUUGGAACCGUCACUGCCCCCACUCGAUGCCCCUCUCAACAACGGCGAGCAGAUCGAUAAAUAUACGACUGACAUCAUGUUUGGUCUGUGCGAAGCAAUCCACGCCACCGUUCCAUUGAGCUUUCGAAAUUCGCAGCCACGGCGACUGACUUACUUGGCCAAGCGUAUGCAGAAACACACUGCCAAGUUGGAUGCUCUCAAGGCAGGUCCUCAGAACGCUCAUUCAUUAGCCAGCAUACGUAGGAUCCAACGCCAGAUGAGCAAAUACAACCAGGAGUUGUGGGAGAUGUUCACUGAGGACAAAUCAGCGACUACUAAGCGUGCCUAUGAGCUUGCAGACAUUUCGAAGAAAAUACGCGAGCCGAACCAGAUUUCACAGACACCAACCCUCAGGAGUGGUGACCGGAGAGCCGAAUCGGACCACGACAAGAUCGAGAUGAUGAAGACGGAAAAGUUCCCCGGCCAUGACCAACCGUACUCCAAGAACAUACCUAACUAG